GAAUCGGUUUUACACCUCAGUGAUCGCAACUGCAGCUACUCAUACUUGCUCCUUUCAUCAAAGCGCCCCUUUCCGCGCUUUGUUUUCGUGGAUCAGCUGUGCAUGGAUCUAAAACCCCACCCGAUUAGGAAGGAACGAAGGGGGAAAAAAGCAAUAAUGACCGCAAGAAAAUAAGAGGCUUUAAAAACAAUUAACAUUCUGUAAGGCGUCUAAUCAAAACAUCGCCGUUUAUAUUGCGACCCUUGAGGACUGAAACGGGUCACAUCUUCGCAUUCCUCCCAUCUGAUAGCGGCGGCGGCGAAGACAUCCAGUCAGUUGAUAUUUUGCUACCCUAGCCACACUCUCAAGAUGAUAGCCCUUUUUAACAAGCUGUUGGACUGGUUUAAACAGCUAUUUUGGAAGGAGGAGAUGGAGUUGACACUGGUCGGUCUGCAGUAUUCGGGGAAAACCACCUUCGUCAACGUAAUAGCGUCAGGACAGUUCAGUGAGGACAUGAUCCCUACAGUGGGCUUCAACAUGAGGAAGAUCACCAAGGGCAACGUCACCAUUAAGCUGUGGGAUAUCGGGGGUCAGCCUCGAUUCCGGAGCAUGUGGGAGAGAUACUGCAGAGGAGUCAGUGCCAUUGUUUACAUGGUCGAUGCUGCAGACCCAGAGAAGAUUGAGGCCUCGAAGAAUGAACUACACAACCUCCUAGACAAACCCCAGCUACAGGGGAUCCCAGUACUGGUUUUGGGGAACAAAAGAGAUAUUACGGGUGCCUUGGAUGAGAAGGAGCUGAUUGAAAGGAUGAACCUGUCAGCCAUCCAGGACAGAGAGAUCUGCUGUUACUCAAUCUCCUGCAAGGAAAAAGACAACAUUGAUAUCACACUACAGUGGCUGAUCCAGCAUUCCAGAACCAGGAGGACAACAACAUGAGGCCUCAACUUACUGGAUGACCACAACUCCAAGACCAACCGUACCCCUCCUUCUCAUCUGCUCUCUCCUCUCCCCCUCUUUUCCCUCCGCUCCUCCCUUCUCUCAUCGCUCUGAUCCAUUUCUAGUCCCUUCGUUUCACUCCUACCCUCUUGGUAUACACAGAUCUGAGAGGAUUGGAUAGGUGUGAGCAAUAUGGCCGAAUAUGGAGCCAUCACCACAAUGCUUCUUCUCGGAUCUGCGUACAUGUCAUCUUCAGCUCACCUUCCUUCCUUUUUUUUUUUUUUUUUUAGCUAUCUGAGAUCCCUACAUUUUACUCUUUAAAAACACCCGCCCCCCCACCUGAUUCUGUUCUUGUAAAGAGUGUGAAAAAUUAUGAUUUGCACUGUUUGAAUUGUUUUGGUAUGCAUUUUUUUACACCGUGUACUUCAGGCUGGAUAAUGUUGACUCUUGACAGUCACCCACUGAGUAGUUAUUGUUUGCAUUGACUGUUGUUUAUUUAGGUUUUUUAUAUAUAUAUAUAUACUAUACUUGUACAGUGUGGGUCUGAUUGGAUGAGAUUUUGGUCAACGAGGUAAUAUAUUUUCACUUGCUCAAAUUGUUAGCCUGUCAUUCAAAGUUAAAACUACUCACACAGACACUCACUCAUUCUGUCGACUAACCUGUAGCUUCACAGCUGUUCCCAUAGCAACACGGUGGCCAUUUUGGCUCUUAACCUGAUCAGGUGAUCAGCUCUGACCAAUUAUUUGUUGAGAAUUAUUGGACACAGUCAUUUCUCCUUUCUCUUGCAUGUUUAACCUAACUGAAAGGAAAAGCAUUCCACUACAAUCUGAAAGAUACAUACGUUUAAUACAUAGGCCAGCUCACAAGUUAGCAAAACUGAGAUAUAUAUAUAUAUAUAUAUAUGACAUUACAGGAAAUUGUUCCAUGUUGAUGAAACAUAAAUGAAUAAAGUUUCACGCAGGUUCGAUAUCCUUGACAAUAAGUAAACCAAUGUGACGGUCUUAAAACAAACAUGUUCACCUUAGUGCUGCUUUUCAAACCGCUUUUCUCAUAUCACAGUCAAAGUCUGUUCCAAAAAUGCAAAACAAUGUAAUAUAAGAUUUGAUAUUGUGUUGUUUGGGGUAGAUUUGGACCCUGCUUUGAGUUGUACAUAUUCUCACCAAUAUCAGUUUGCAACAUUUUACUUGAACCCUCCUUUUUAAAAGUCCUACGUGACACUGUCAUAACAGUGACAUAAGUUAUGUCAAACAGUCAUGUCUGCUGAUGGCAACUGAUGAGUUGGAGAGAUCAAGUAAAGUGUAACUAUUGCAACCAGACACUUUAGCUAGCUAUCCCGAAUGUUACUUAGCAACAUUUUGAAUGGGCUAUUCCUAUGUCACCUCACAUUAGCAUGCAUUGACAUUCACACGCUUCUCCGUCUGACAUGUAUCUCACUAAAACACAUGUCCAUGAAUUGUGAUGAAUGCUACAGUACUCGCCAUCUCGUAUAACAUGUUUAUAAGGCCAUAUUUGACUCUUAGUGUUUAGGUUUUCUUUUCAUGUCUUAACUUUGAACAUAACCACGAAAAAAAAAGACGCAGUGAAACAAUUCAAUACUAAAAUCAGCAGUAUGCUCUUUAAAAACAUCUCAUAGAGCACAGAAAGGAUGUAAAGCACACAAUAUCCAACUUGUAUAUUUUGUUUCCAGUGGGUUUUGUCCGAUUAUUCACUCCCUGAAUAUGAAUCUAGCCAUUUCCUCCCUGUUGGAUGUGGAGGUUUCAGAUCAGCCUUUAGUUUAGUGCCAUGUACUGUACUGUAGCUAUAGGUUGCAUACUAGUAGUCUACUGUUGCUUCCUCCCCCCUUUUCCCCUUUCCUACAUUCAUAUAGAUAUGAAAGAACUAGACUGGUUAAAAGAGGCAUCCAUCCACCAUAUUGCUUUCACACGUCCUCUCUGUCCAGAUCAUUUCAGGUUGAGCUGAGGAAGUCCCUUUUUAGAGUAUUGAGAUGCAUCCCCAGUUCCAUUCUUCACUUCAACGCCUCUCCAUAGGCUUAAUACCUGUUUAAGGUUGCUAGUCGUUAUAUGAAGUUGGACGUUUGUACCUGACGGAAUGUACCAUGGGUGAAUUGGCUUGUUUUAACACAAAGUAAAAAUGGUCUUGUCUCUAAAAUGAAGUGAAAGGGGUAAUUUGUUCCACGAUGCACCUGGCUACAGUGACUGACAGUGAUGUGUUUCAGGGUUAUUGGUUAACAGUGACAGUACCUCUUCGUCUUGGUUUCUCUGCCUGAGAAUAGGAGUCUCUCACCUUAUGCUGAACAGGCCUGGUUGUGUUGGGUUUUAUGUGUGUGGGUUCAGAGAAGUCGGGUGCCAGUCUGUUUCUGCUCUCUUGACAAUUCCUUAUGGAAUUGUCAUGCAAUGUUUAGAUUGACAAUGGAGUUGGCAAAAGGGCAAACCGAUCGGGGACCAGGCUAGGUUCAGAGUACAGUGAAACAGAGAGAACUCACAACAUGACUGUCUGAAUUAUCUCAGCCUUUAUUUGAUUUUUUAUUUGAUUUUUUUAAUGUAAAAAAAAUCAUUUUUGUUUCAGUUUCAUGUUAAUAAUACACCUGCUUUUUGGGAGAAUAUACACAUUCCUGAUGAAAAGGAAUCAGUACUAAGAAAUGGAGCUCUAUGUACUAGUUGUUUUUAAUCCUUUCAGAUAGGAUCUUGUACAUAGCGACUUUCAACCAAAACAACUCUCCUGAAUAUCAGGCCUGAUGAAUAUGGCUAUUCUUUUAAUACAAAACUACACACACUUUUCCUACAGUGGCUGUCUGCAGCCGUAACGAGCUGUUAUGAGAGCCAGGAUGUUAUCCUUGUAGCAGUCUUCUGAAUGCAUUGUGAAAUAGUGUAUGUCAUUCUUAUGGUGUGAGGGUGGGGGGUGGGGGUGAUGGCUUGUCUGUGUCUCUGUCUGCUGUGAGCGAAUGUGUGAUUUUGGAUGAGUGGGUGGUGUGUCGUUCCCAGUGGUUAGUACCUCCUGAAAUACUAUGGUGCGCCAUUCUCAGUUCUGAAAUACAGCUGCAGUUGAGAAGCUCAAAACUGUUAAGUUUCUUCGCUCUCUUAAUACAUUAUCCAGAGGGACUUACAGGAGAACUUAGGGCACAUUGACUGAUUUUUCACUUAGUCGGCUCGGGGAUUCGAACAAACAACCUUUCGGUUACUGGCCCAGUGCUCUUAACUACUAGGCUACCUGCUGUAUUCAUACAUAAAAUACAUGAAACCAGGCUGACCAAUUGCCUAAUGAAAGACCAAUAAGGCCACAUGAACAUAUUAAAUAUAUAGUUUCAUAUUGGCACGUUUAAAUAUUUCCAUUAUGGUUCAUGAACCUCUUUGCAGUGAACUACAGUAAACCAAUCUCUGCUUCAUGAUCCCAGCAUAAGGAGGAGAGUGAUCCACAAAACUCUUGAAUCAAACCUCCAACCUGCUGUUGGUGGAGCUCCCACGGACAAGCGACAUGGUUAGCCAGUUGAACUAAAGGCCACAGUGUGAAUGUACAACAACAAACAAAACGUCUGAUCUUUGCAAUUUCUUCUUUUGAACUAUUUUCUGAUUUCAGUUGAUGUGGUCGACGAGGUGGGACAAAACACAAAAGUCCAGUUGUCUCUGUCAUCAUGAGGACCCACGUGACUUUAAUUCAUGUAUCUUCAUUUUCUGUCCUGUCAGUGACCACUCUGUAUGUGUCGCUAUUGUUAUCUUGAGAUGAAGAAUACAAAUAAAACUGUCCCACUCUGUAAACCCAA